GAUCGUGAUCGUGGUCGUGACUAUAGUUGAAAUAAAAGUUCGUGAUCGUGAUUCACGACCUUGUUUUGCUCGUGAUUGGGACCGUGAUCUAUUAGAACCAACACGUGAACUUGCAAAACAAGUAACAAAUGAUUUUUUAUCUAUUAAAUCUCGUUUAUUAUCAAUAACAACACUUUAUGGUGGAAAAGAAUAUAGUAAACAAGAAUUAUCAUUAAAAAGAGGUUCAGAUAUUAUUGUUGGAACACCUGGAAGAAUAAAAGAUUUUAUUAUAAGAAAAAAAUUAAUUCUUCAUCAAUGUCAAAUUAUUGUUUUAGAUGAAGUUGAUCGAAUGCUUGAUAUGGGAUUUCAAGAUGAUGUCGAUUUUAUAAUUAAAAAUAUAUUUUCAAAUGAAAAAAAAAGUCAAAUGAUUGUUUUUUCUGCAACAAUUCCAUUUUGGUUAAAAGAAAAUCUUUCUCAUUAUAUGUCAAAAACAAAUUCAUGUUUUAUUAAUUUAAUUGAAGAUAAUAAAGAAAAAACAGCAAAUAAUGUUGAACAUUUAUCAUUUAAAUUAAAUAAUAUUGAAAAAAGAUCAGAAAUUGUUUUAAAACUUUUUAAAACAUAUUCAAAAAAUUUUCAUUCAAGUCAAGCGAUUGUUUUUUGUCAAACUAAACAAGAAUAUGAUUUAUUAGCAAAAUCAAAUGAAAUGAUAUCAAUUUCAUCAGAUAUUCUUCAUGGAAAUCUUUCACAAAGAAAACGAGAACAAGUUUUAACGAAUUUUCGUCAAGGUAUAAUUCGUCUAUUAAUAACAACAGAUGUAUCAGCACGUGGUCUUGAUAUUCCACAAGUUGAACUUGUUAUAUUAACAUCACCACCACAGGAUUGGAAAUCUUAUGUACAUCGAUCUGGACGAGCUGGAAAAACAGGCACAGCCAUCAUGAUUUUUAAUCAUCAACAAAUAAAACAAUUAAAAAUUGUUCAAACAAAUGCUAACAUUCAAUUUAAAAAUAUUCAUCCGAGUUCAUUAAAUUGA